AUGAAGCUGUGGCAGAAGUCAGGUCCCAAAGGCGUUUCUCCGGACAUCCAGACCUAUAUCCAAUCGUGGCAUGAGCUCAACCCGUCCCUCCGGCACGAAAUCCUUUCCGACGACGGUGCUCUCGCCUACGUCGAAGAGACCUUCCGGGACGACUGGCCCGAGGUGGCAGAUCUCUAUCAACAGAUCCAGGUUCCGAUCAUCCGCGCCGAUCUCCUUCGCUUGUUGAUUCUCUACGCCGACGGGGGCAUCUGGAGCGACCUGGAUGUCACUUGCGAGGCGCCUAUCGCGGAAUGGAUUCCCGACGUAUUUGUCAAGGAUGACGGCAACAUCUGGGUGAAGGAGCAGGUCAACGUGGUAGUCGGACUAGAGUUUGACGGAUGGCAGUUUGCCAGUUGGACGAUGAUGGCCAAACCCAGGCUGAAUCACUUCGAGGCGGCGAUCGAGUAUGUGAUGCACCAAAUGGAGGGGAUCGCACAAUCGCACAAUGUCUCGCUCUCCGGGGUGACGAUGGAAAUGAUUCCCGACGUGGUGGACGCGAGUGGUCCGCAGGCCAUCACCGUGGCGCUACUCCGGAGUCUCUCGCAUACGCUGGGCGAGACGGUGGACCGGUCCAAUAUCACCAGCUUGCAUGAGCCGAGACUGCUCGGGGACGUGCUAGUUUUGCCGCAGGCGGCAUAUGCAGCACUGCAGGGCGGGUACCCCCAGGACCAGGGCCCGUACCUGGUCUCGCAUCAUUAUGCGGGUUCUUGGAAGAAUGUCCAGGGAGGUGAACAACGGCGCUAA